GGUGGGCCCCACCAUGGUGGGCGAUGAGCACUCAGACCCGGAGCUGAUGCAGUAUCUGGGAGCCUCCAAGAGAACUGUCCUGGGAAACAACUUUUGUGAGUACUACGUCAACGACCCUCCUCGCAUCGUCCUGGACAAGCUGGAACGCAAGGGCUUCCGUGUAUUAAGCAUGACCGGGGUGGGCCAGACCCUGGUGUGGUGCCUGCACAAGGAGUGACCGAUCGAUCGCCGAGAAGCAAACCGCUGGCCCCAAGGCCUGCCCCCUCCUCCCACCCCCUCACUUGCCCUGCCCAGCACUAAUGGGCAGAUGAAUUCCCUGAAUUUUGCCCCCACCAGUCGGGAGGGCAGGGCCAGUGCCCUGGUGUAGGUCUGUGAGCAGGGUGAAGGGCUCCCCACCAGGCACCCCAGCAGGGGGUGGCUCCCGGGCCUGGGUGGCGGCCCGCGUGGCUAGUCCAAGCCAAUAAAGGGCUGUGAUGAGUGGUUGCUCCUCAGCUGUGCGGGUGCAUGGACUCCCACUGGGGUCAGCCCCCUCCCUCCCAGGGAGGGAGACCCAGGCCUGGGCGGAGGCCUCCCUUUGAGGCAGAGCCCAGAAACCAGGUAGGCAAAAGAAACACUUCAAUAAUAAUAAUAAAAAAAGUUUAUUGGUGUUUAAGAA